UUUAAACACUAAUAUGGAAUACGAUUUUGAAAUAAAAGAACAGGAAAGGUUUUUACCCCUUGCUAAUGUCGGGAGGGUGAUGAAGAAAGCUUUACCUCCAUAUGCUAAAUUAUCAAAAGAAUCAAAAGAAUGUAUCCAAGAAUGUGUAUCAGAGUUUAUAUCAUUUACAACCAGUCAAGCUGCAGAUAAAUGCAGGCUAGAGAAUCGUAAAACCAUCAACGGUGAAGAUAUACUUUGGUCUAUGCAUACGUUAGGAUUUGAGCAUUAUGCAGAAACGUUGAAAAUUCUUUUAGCCAAGUAUCGAGAAUUCGAGCAAAUUGAAGCAGAGUUACGUCCGCCAAGGAGAAAGAUUGUUAAGCAGCCGAUAGGAGAGAUUGAAAGUGGAGAAGAUAACUUUAAGCUGAUUCUUGUAAUGCCAGAAGAAGAGGACGACUACGAUGAAGUAUAUGACGACAAAAAUAAUAAUAACAUGAAAGGUAAACCGGCACCAGUCUCUGAACUCAAUUGGGACAGAAAUUUGACCCAUUACGAGGGCUCUCCAUAUCCAUUCACUUUAGAUGUGGUAGACGAUCUCGGCGAUGUGCAUCACCAAUCACACAACAACCCUAAUGUGGAAAAAUAAAACUCCGCGCAUCACGAUUCAUUACGCGCAGCAUACAGGAUUUGAAAAAAAAUAUCGUGAACAAGGGGGGGUUGGAUCGUAUGCAUACCAGGAGAUACAAUUACGUGCAUGGCAUUGUCUAAUGAGAUAAUAAUGGAAAAAUACCGUGUUAAACAUACACUCGAAAGCUGUAAGCCCAAUGUGGAAUGUAUGUUGGAAAAUUAAUAAUGGAAAUAAAAAACAGAGAUCAAUAAUAAUAAUAACGAAGAGU